AUGAGCGACACUACAGUGCUCUGGAUAUUGCUCUUUAAACGAGAUGCUGAAGACGCUGACGAGUCAUUGGCUGCACUUCACAAGUUGGGAGACGCUACAAGACUGAAAAUUGAUUCUUCAAUGGAUGUCGACCUACUACGCAAAUAUCUCAUCAAUCAUGGAGACUUCAAAGAUCGAUUAGCUGAUGUGAAACCAGAUCAAUUAUAUGUAUAUAUGGAUGCAGAAUGCAAAACGCCACUCGGAGCCGACACAUCACUAAAUGCCAUUACAACAUCUGCCAAAUCUCCAUUGAGAGUGGUGAGGCCCGCUCCACCUGUAAGCAGGAUGUCUUUUACGAUGGAAACACCAGCAAAUCCAGAACCCAAAGUACAGGCUAUGCGACUUCUCUAUUCAAUACUCUGGAACAAAAGACAAUCAACGCACGAUAGUCUUCAUGCAACUGUAGUAUGCAAUGUUCCAACUCUGGCAACCAUGCAGCAAGUUGGGGAGUUUGACACCGCCACUACUACACUCUCUCCAUUGAGUUUCACUGUGAUUCAAUUGAAAGAUUUGCUGGAUAAAUUCAGAUCGCAAGGACUGCUAGGUUCAUUCCCAUUAUUCAACAAAAGGUCUGCGGCCGACAUAGACAAACUACUUGUGAACCAGGAGUACCGCCUUCUGCACGAGUUUUUAAAGAGGAUCUCUGCUGAGGGCAUUGUCAAGCAAGUAAUACCGUCUCGAGCUAUAUUAGGGAACCCUGGAAUUGGAAAGUCCAUCUUUUUGCUAUAUAUCUUGAUCGAACGAUUACUGGAUGGUCUACCGACAGCGCUUCAAACUGAGCUAUCUUGCUAUCAUUAUUUUGAUCAUUCUGGCGUCGUCAUGAAUCCACCUAGUAGAACCUGUCCGUCAGAUAUUGGGAAUCCAACUUGGGCCUUGGUUGAUUCAAAUGAAAAAGUUGCGACUCCCUGCGAGGGAUUUCUCGGCAAUGAUCAAGUAUUAAUGCUUCAAGCGACUUCACCGAAAGUCGAGCGCUAUAGAGAGUGGACGAAGCAAGCUGCUGCAUUGCUCUAUUACAUGAAUACUUGGACGUGGGAAGAAACUGCAUUUUAUGGCUCUGAGGUGCUCCACUUGGACAUGAAUCGAAUAUGGGAAGCUUGGAAUGAUUGGAAUCCUUGUCCUCGAUAUUGCUUCAGCAUUGCGAAAUCCGAGGCACUUAUGCAGUCAUAUCAAAAGAGUGUGAUCAAAACUCUCCAAGAGACGAAACAGAAUCUCCUUCAACUCCUGCUCUUUGGAAGUUCUGCCAAUCCAGAUCAGUCCUCAAAGCUAAUACUCUUAUCUGGUGCUCAAGUUCAAACUGCAGAGGCCUGGAGUCUCGGCCGAAUAGACUGCAAAGUAGAAAUAAUAGGAAAACAAGUCAUCCGAAUGAUGAGUGAAGAAAUGGAAACCCGCUCCGAUGUCGAUCGUAGUUCUUUCUAUCAUAUGCUAGGGAGUACAUCAGGUGAAGCAGCUGUACGUGGUAUGAUGCUGGAAGCCAGAAUGCACCAUCUUAUGUCCACGAAAGGGCUUCCACUCACUGCUACAUGUCUGACCGACAAAUCAGAGUUACUUGUUGCACCAACAGAGAAAGUCGUCAGAUUCGUGAAGACCGAUUUGUCAGCAAUGCUGAAGGACAACGAGUUUGCGUAUUUUUGGCCAAUAGCCUCAAAUCAUGCCAGUUUUGAUGGAUUUAUAUGGGACAGGAAGACUAGCAUCAUUAUUCUAUUGCAGGCUACGGUUUCAGGUGUCCAUCCAAUAAAGCAAAGCGGUAUAAAGCAAACCGGUCUCGAGCAACUUCGGAAAGCAUUUCGAGACGCUGGCUUGAGAAUACCUGAGUAUCCAUGGCCACUUGUAAUUUGUACCUCAAUCAAUGAACUUGGAAUUCAAACUGCUCAGCAAGUCCAGGGAGUUUGGAAUACUAGACUUACUCAGUACACCUUGAAGAUACCUAUAUAA